CUCCAUUCACACACGCGCACUCCCCACCCCACACUUCGGCUCUUCGUCUCCUCUCAAAGUUUGGUUCGCAGCUGAUGAAGAUGCUGAGCUGAUGAUCACUUUUGAUGGUCUCCUCCAGCCUGUCGGACAGACCAGAGCGGCUCCCGGACCUGAACCGGACCCGAACACAAACGGAACUUCGUCCUGCUUUCCUGGAGCAUUUGGGAUUUGGAUUCUGCCCGCUGACUGAGAUGGGCUUUGAGUCCAGAAAGAAAGUGAAGCUGUUUUAGUUGAAAUCUGGAGAUUGGCCCCCGCAGCCCCCGCAGCCCCAUCCCCAGUCCUCCCGGGCCUCCCUCCCUCAGAGGCGGUAAUGCUAGCGGUGGGUCAGAUGGACGGGUCCCGACAGAGCGCCUUCCUCCUCAGCACUCCACCUCUGGCAGCUCUGCACAGCAUGACCGAGAUGAAGACCCCCCUGUACCCGGCCUAUCCCCUCUCCACCUGUCCCAACUCCUCCACCUCUCCCGCCACCACAUCUCCUAACCCAGGCGGCAUGGCCGUGUCUUCCCCCGGGAUCAAGAGUUCCACCGGGCUGUCCUCGGGCCUCGGCUCCCCGCAGCAGUGCUCCUCUGCAACUCCGCACGGAAUUAACGACAUCCUCAACCGGCCGGUCGUCUCCUCAGCUGGCACCACGGCGGUCGUAGCUGCUGCAGCCGCCGCCGCCGCCUCCUCAUCUGCUGGGAUUCUGUCAGGACUGCCCAGGUUCAGCAGCCUCAGCCCGCCGCCACCUCCCGGACUUUACUUCAGCCCCAGCGCGGCGGCUGUGGCCGUGGCCCGGUACCCGAAGCCGCUGGCAGAUCUCCCGGGAAGGACGCCGAUCUUUUGGCCAGGAGUUAUGCAAAGUCCGCACUGGAGAGACGCCAGGUUCGCUUGUUCACCCCAUCAGAACUCAGUGUUACUGGACAAAGAUGGGAAAAGGAAGCACACUCGGCCCACUUUCUCUGGGCAGCAGAUCUUUGCGCUGGAAAAGACUUUUGAACAAACCAAAUAUCUGGCGGGGCCAGAGAGAGCGCGGCUGGCCUACUCUCUGGGGAUGACCGAGAGCCAAGUGAAGGUGUGGUUCCAGAACAGAAGGACCAAGUGGAGGAAGAAGCACGCAGCGGAAAUGGCAUCCGCGAAGAAGAAGCAGGACUCGGAGACGGAGCGGCUCAAAGGAACGUCGGACAAUGAGGAGGAGGACGACGACUACAACAAACCUCUGGACCCGAACUCGGACGAUGAAAAGAUCACACAGCUGCUGAAAAAACACAAACCGGGCUCUGCGCUGCUGAUGCACACAUCUGAAAACGACAGCUCUUAAUUCACUUCUAUUUCCUGUUCCGAGGAGGAUCUGGCGGGACGAACUCAUGGAUUCGGUUCACUUUGUGAAUGUUUCUCUGCGUGGCGAAAGAGGAUACACACAUCCGGUUCACAGAGAAGACUUUAGCUGUAAAUAGAAGCGUGAGUUGUAUGAAUAGAAAUUGCUAUUGAAUCAUUGCUGUGAAUAAUUUAUGUGUAGUUUUUUUUUCUUAUUUGUUUUGUACAGAAACGAUUCUCCCAGAUCAGCGGUAAACACGUUUUUGUUUUGAUCUGACAGCAGAGGUAUUUUUUCUGUCUGUCCCUGAACGCCUCUUGAUCUGUCAGAUAAAACCGCAGCUGCACCUGAGGUCGCUAACACACACACACACACACACACACACACACACACACACACACACACACACACACACACACACACACACCCCACUGGUGAACCCUGUGAAGCUGUGGAAGCGGCCUGCAGCAGCUUCAUGUAAAGCACUUUUAUUUAAUAAAAACUCUAAAGUUGG